AGUGUACGGUCUUCGUUGUUGUACUUUGUGGUAAAUGGUCCAUCUACCCUAGGUAACCUAGCGUUAGUUAGCUAGUGUAGGAUCGAACCCGUUAACAGCACCAUCACGUACACUGUAUUUUAAACAGGUAAUCUCAGCAGGAUGGAAGUCAAACAUAAAGGCAAACGGGAUAUUACACCAGAUAGCUAACCUAGUGAACCACUGUAACCUUAAUAUAGCAACGACGACGUUUGACUAGAUAGCUAACGUUAAUGUAAUCGCAGAUUCGUCGUUAUUCAUCUGGCAAGUCUUUUCAGGAAAAUGUGAUAUUAUUUAUUUAUGUAUGUUAACCUACGGGUAUCUUAACUAAGUGUAGAAUAUUUACGCCAAGGUUUAUAUGAAGCUAGCUAGUUAAUGUCGAACUUGAGAGCCUGCCACUUGAAGCGAUGUACCAUAUCGCAACUAAAGGUUGCGACGGAUGCCGUCUACACAUUGCGUAUAGGAGUACCGUAAUGAUGUACUAGAAUCACUCCUUAAAUACGCCUGCGCUCUGCGCAAAUUCACUAAGAUGCUCUCGCUGUUAUAACAAUUGCGUUUAUCUUUCAAGUUUAGACGUCGCAGGCAUAUGGUAUAUCUACCAUGAUCGAUAUGUGCCCUGUACUAUAACUGUACUAUUCAGCUAACCGAAGAAGGUCCCAGAAUUUAAGUGUUGUGUUGGAAAGGACGUCUUUGUUGCGGGGUAUGACAAAACGAUAACCAUACUGACAUGAGCGAUAGGGAUAUAGAACUAAAGAUACAUUUUACCCCAGGUCACGUUGAGCUUGUGCAGGAUGAUGUGUAUACCCCAUACAAACGUGUGCUUGUGACGGGAGCCACAGGGCUUCUUGGUCGUGCCAUCUAUAAGGAGUUUCAGAAGAACGAGUGGGACACGCUGGGUUGUGGCUACUCGCGUGCUCGCCCACGCUUCCUCCGCUGCAACCUUCUAGAUGAGGAUGCUGUGCGGGUGCUCAUCCAGGACUUUCAGCCCCAUGUGAUUGUGCACUGUGCUGCUGAGAGGAGGCCCGACGUGGUGGAGCACCACACGGAGGCGGCCUUGAACCUGAAUGUCCAUGCAUGCGCCACGCUGGCAAAAGAAGCAGCUGGAAUUUUCCUGCUGUACAUUAGCACCGAUUAUGUGUUUGAUGGGCGUAAUCCCCCAUAUGGAGAAAACGACGCACCCAACCCGUUAAACAUGUACGGGAAGUCCAAGCUUGAGGGAGAAAGGGAGAUCCUCAGACACUGCCCUGGUGCUGCUGUGCUGCGUGUGCCCAUUCUGUACGGGGAGGUGGAGAAGGUGGAGGAGAGCGCCGUGACGGUGCUGUGGGACCGUGUUCAGCAGGGGGCUGAGAGCUGCACCAUAGACCACUGCCAGCAGCGUUUCCCCACCUACACCAGCGACGUGGCGCGCGUCUGCAGGAACAUGGCUGAGAAGGCCCUGCAGGAUCCAUCCUUGCGUGGGGUUUUCCAUUAUUCUGGCAAAGAGCAGAUGACUAAGUAUGAGAUGGCCUGUGCAAUUGCAGACGCAUUCAACCUGCCCAGCAGUCACCUGAUACCGAUGACGGAGCAGCCUGCUGGUUCUGGGGCCCAGAGGCCACACAAUGCACAGCUGGAAUGCUCUCGUCUGGAGCUGCUGGGCCUGAGUGUGGAACCCGUGCCUUUCAAAGCGGCAAUUAGAGACAGUCUCUGGCCCUUCCUCCAUGACAAGCGCUGGAGACAGACUGUCUUUCACUGAGGGAACACAUUCCUGAUUCUGACACACAAUACAGCCAAUCUUUAAUAUCACCACAGCUUUUUGUGUUAAUUUACUGCAUUAUUGCCACCUUUUUUGUUUUGCACUGUAUGUAAUGGAUUCUUUGCGUAUUUUGAGGAAGAUAAUGUUUUGUUUGAAUGAUAAAGGAUCUUUAACAGUAUUAUGUCUUUGAGACCGUGAGAUGCUGGUUGUUUGUGGAAUUGUUCAAGAGUACUCAGAAUGUCAAUAUCUUAUAUAAACAAUGCCUUGCUUAUAGGAAACAUUGUAAAGUGUUCUACAUUGUUUUGCUGAUUAGCCUUGACAUCUCUGGAAUCUGACAAUCAAAAAUAUUUUCAGAUUAUGGUUUCCUAGCAAAAUAUUGCAGAUUAAAUGAAGAGAACUUCCGUGUGCCGCUUGUGACUGAACAAAUGGAGAGGAAUACACCAGAAAUGCAUGGUAUACUCUCAAAACUAAAUGUAUUAUAUUUUACAUCUAUUGUUUGUGGGUACAGUGAGUGCAUUUCAUCACUGCAUAUAAAUUGCUCCACAGUCACAGUACUGAGCAAGAAUUCUUUUUUUUCCUUUUUUUUUUAGAUCUUUGGACCACAUUUUUGUAAAUAUAUGUCCUGCUAAAUUAAAUAUUGGGCAUGAUCCAAAUACAAAAGGUA